UACAGAUACGUAUAUAUCGCAAUGAUAGUAAAAGUGAAAAGUUUUGAAGGCAAAGAAUGGAAGAAGGUAGCAGAAACAGCAGCGGGCGUCGGAACAUGUGGAGGAACGCCGCCGGGUCGGAGAUAUUUUCGUGGUCGAGUCGUGAACGGGACGACGAAGAGGCGCUGAUCUGGGCAGCGCUGGAGAGACUCCCGACGCGUGCGCGUAUAAGGAAAGGCGUCUACUCGGAAGAGAAAGGCGGCGAUGCCAGAGAGGUUGAUGUGAUGAAUCUUGGAUUCGCAGAGAGGAAAAAUCUUAUUGAUAGGCUGCUCGACAUUGCACACCAAGACAAUGAGGUGUUUCUGCUCAAGAUGAAACGUCGUAUCGACAGGGUUGGCAUUAAUCUUCCGACUGUUGAAGUUCGGUUCGAGAAGAUGAGUGUUGAUGCUCUAACUUAUGUGGGCACCAGAGCACUCCCAACACUACCCAACUUCGCAGCUAAUACCUUCGAGGGUUUAUUGACUAAGCUACAUAUUCUACCGAGUCGAAAGAAACCACUAUCAGUUCUUCAUGAUCUGAAUGGCAUCAUCAGAGCCGGAAGAAUGACUCUACUUUUAGGACCACCCACUUCGGGAAAAACAACGUUGCUAACAGCACUAGCAGGAAAACUUGAUCAAGAUUUACAAUUAAGGGGAAAAAUAACGUACAACGGUCACGAGAUGGAUGAGUUCAUACCACAACGGACAUCAGCUUAUAUCGGACAGCAGGACCUUCACUUGGGAGAAUUAACAGUCAGAGAAACACUAGCUUACUCUGCUCGCUGUCAAGGCGUUGGAACUGCUUAUGAGAUGCUAGCUGAAUUACUGAGGAGGGAGAAAGAAGCCAACAUCAAACCAGAUCCUGAUCUUGACAUUUUCAUGAAGGCGGCCUCCAUUCAGGGGCAGGAGGUCAGUGUGAUGACAGAUUACAUUAUGAAGAUAUUGGGACUAGAAAUAUGUGCUGAUACCAUCGUCGGAAAUGAAUUGUUUCGAGGAAUAUCCGGAGGAGAAAAGAAAAGAGUGACAAUAGGGGAAAUGCUGGUGGGACCAGCCAGGGCGUUGUUCAUGGAUGAGAUAUCGACUGGUUUGGACAGCUCCACCACCUUCGAAAUCGUGAAUUCAGUGAAACAAUUUGUCCACAUUCUUAGAGGGACUGCAGUCAUCUCUCUGCUGCAGCCUGCACCCGAGACUUUUCAACUCUUCGACGACAUAAUUCUCUUGUCUGAUGGAAGGAUUGUGUACCAAGGCCCUCGCCACAACGUCGUCGAAUUUUUCGAGAGCUUGGGCUUCAGAUGUCCCCACAGAAAAGGAGUCGCAGACUUUCUUCAAGAAGUAACAUCAAGGAAAGAUCAAGAGCAGUAUUGGGCGCGUAGAGACGAGCCUUAUAGGUUCGUCUCUGUGGAUGAAUUCUCUGAAGCAUUUUGGUCGUUUCACGUUGGAAGAGAAAUAGGGGAUCACUUAUCUGUCCCUUUCGACAAGGCUAAGAGCCACCCUGCAGCUCUAACGAUUCACAAAUACGGCCUCACCCAAAUCCAAGUUUUGAAAGCUAACAUAUCUCGGGAAUUUCUCAUUAUGAAGAGGAAUUCACCUGUCUACAUAUUCAGAAUGAUCCAGCUUCUUGUGAUGGCGACCAUAUCAUCCACUAUAUUUCUACGUACCGAAAUGGAGAAGAAAACAGUAACGGACGGGGGGAUUUACAUGGGCGCUCUGUUCUUCACACUGAUUGUAGUAAUGUUCAAUGGAUUUUCAGACAUGGCACUUAGUAUACUGAGGCUGCCUGUGUUCUACAAGCAACGCGAUCUUCUCUUCUUCCCCGUCUGGUCCUACUCUCUGCCUGCUUGGAUAUUGAGGAUUCCCAUCUCCUUUCUUGAUGUUGCCAUUUGGGCUCUCACUACUUAUUACAGCAUUGGCUUUGAUUCUGAUGCAACAAGGUUUUUCAAGUACUGGUUCGUUCUAGUAUGGGCCAAUCAGAUGGCUUCUGCCAUGUUUAGAUUGAUGGGGUCUUUGGCAAGAAACAUGACCGUUGCCAAUUCAUUUGGAACCUGCUCCUUAGUUACUGUUUUCGUCUUGGCCGGAUUUAUUGUGUCAAGAGAUAAAAUAAAAAAAUGGUGGAUAUGGGGCUACUGGUCGUCGCCUAUGAUGUACGGGCAGAAUGCUAUAGCAGUGAAUGAAUUUCUCGGAAAGAGUUGGAAUCAUAUUAGUUCAAGCUCCGGAGAGGCAUUAGGCGUAACAAUCUUAAAGUCACGUGGGCUUUUCCCAGAAGCAUAUUGGUACUGGAUUGGAGUUGGAGCUCUUGUUGGAUAUGUUUUUCUAUUCAAUUUCUUGGAAACAAUGGCUCUUACAUACCUUAACCCAUUUGGGAAACCUCAACCAGUUCUGUCUCAACAAGCAUUGGCAGAAAGGAAUGCAGUGAAAAAUACUGAGCCGUCGGAUCGUCCGACAGCCUCAAAUGAGGAGGCGAAUCCGAGUAAAAAGAGAGGCAUGGUCUUACCAUUUCAGCCCCAUUCAAUUACUUUUCAAGAUAUCCACUACUCUGUUGAUAUGCCACAGGAAAUGAAAGGUCAUGGAGUUGCAGAGGAUAAACUGGAGCUUCUAAAAGGCAUCAAUGGUGCAUUGAGACCAGGUGUUUUGACAGCUCUGAUGGGAGUGACGGGGGCCGGGAAGACGACGUUGAUGGACGUGCUGUCGGGGAGGAAGACAACGGGUUAUAUCAGCGGAACAAUCACCAUAUCAGGACACCCGAAGAAGCAAGAAACAUUCGCCAGAAUAGCAGGCUACUGCGAGCAAACUGACAUCCACUCUCCUCAUCUUACCAUAUAUGACUCCUUGUUGUAUUCCGCCUGCCUCCGUCUGCCACCGGAGGUCGACUCUGCAACGCGAAAGAUGUUCAUAGAAGAAGUUAUGGAGCUUGUUGAGCUUAGUGAAAUAAGGGAUGGGCUAGUAGGGUUGCCCGGUGUAAAUGGUCUUUCGCCGGAGCAACGAAAGAGGCUAACCGUGGCGGUGGAGCUCGUGGCCAACCCUUCCAUCAUCUUCAUGGAUGAGCCAACAUCAGGGCUCGAUGCUAGAGCUGCUGCAAUUGUUAUGAGAGCUGUUAGGAACACCGUCGAUACAGGAAGAACUGUCGUCUGCACCAUUCAUCAACCAAGCAUCCACAUUUUCGAUUCAUUUGAUGAGUUAAUGCUGCUCAAACGGGGAGGCGAAGAGAUAUUCGUAGGUCCAUUGGGGCGGCAUAGUUCUCUGCUAAUCCAAUAUUUUGAGGAAAUUGAUGGAGUUGUUAGAAUCAAAGAUGGUUACAAUCCUGCUACAUGGAUGUUGGAGGUAACUUCAAUGGCGCAAGAAGCUGCUUUUGGUGUUGAUUUUGCUCAACUCUACAAGAGCUCAGAAUUAUAUAGGAGAAAUAAAGCAUUGAUCGCAGAGCUGAGCAAAGCGAUUCCAGGAUCGAAAGAUGUCCAUUUCGGUGGUCGUUAUUCACAAUCAUUGUUGAAGCAGUGCAAAGCAUGCCUGUGGAAACAACAACUCUCAUACUCGAGGAAUCCGCCUUACAUUGCUGUCAGACUUAUGUUCACAACCUUCAUCGCCCUAAUGCUCGGGACCAUAUUUUGGGAUCUUGGCUCCAAAAGGGAAAAGUCAUUAGACAUCUUCAAUGCUAUGGGAUCAAUGUAUGCUGCCGUACUAUUUCUUGGAGUACAAAACGCUGCAUCGGUGCAACCAGUCGUCGCCGUUGAAAGAACUGUCUUUUACAGGGAAAGAGCUGCCGGAAUGUAUUCAGCUCUACCAUAUGCUUUCGGACAGGUUGUGGUGGAAGUUCCCCAUAUCUUGAGCCAAACACUUAUAUACGGCGUUAUAGUAUAUGCGAUGAUUGGAUUUGAGUGGAGCGCGGUGAAGUUCUUUUGGUACAUUUUCUUCACAUAUUUCACGUUGCUGUAUUUCACAUUGUAUGGGAUGAUGGCAGUCGCCGUUACACCUAACCACAAUAUCGCUGCCAUUGUCUCAUCCGCCUUCUAUGGCAUAUGGAACAUCUUCUCAGGAUUUAUCAUUCCUAAAUCAAGAAUUCCAAUAUGGUGGCGAUGGUACUAUUAUUUAUGUCCAAUAGCAUGGACGUUGUAUGGAUUAGUGGCUUCACAAUUCGGAGACAUUGAGGAUGUGUUGGAGACCAAUCAAACAGUGGAGCAAUUUAUAAGAGAGUAUUAUGGAUUUGAACAUGAUUUUGUAGGAUACGUCGCCCUUAUUGUAGCUGGGAUAGCUCUGCUUUUUGGCUUCAUUUUUGCCUUCUCCAUAAGGGUUUUUAACUUCCAGACAAGGUGAAACUCCUUUAUUCAACAUGUAAUUGAACACCGACCAACACCCUAUUUUGUAUAUGAUUGUAUGAACAUGUACACUUAGAUGUGACAAGUAUUUUUCCUCAAA